AUGGGGAAAGGGACUGUGGACAGAGAGGCAGGAUCAGUAGGGGGAGUCCAGAAGCAGGAGGACUGUAGGGACAGGAGGGGGAUAGAGAGGGAGAGCGAGGGAGAGAGGAAGAGAUGGAGGGAGCGGGAGAGAGAGAGAGAGGGACAACCUCUCGGAGAGGGAGGGAGAGAGAGAGAGAGAGAGAGAGAGAGAGAGAGAGAGAGAGAGAGAGAGAGAGAGAGAGGAGGAGGAGGAGGAGGAGGAGGAGGAGGGGGGGUUUGGGGGGGGGAGGGUGGGGAGGGGGGGAAUAGACAAAGAGAGGAAACAAACUGA